ACGACCCAGCUAUUGUGAUGAAAAUCCCCUCCCUGCCCUGGAUCUGCCCUGUGUCACUACCCUUUUCUGGAGUCCUAGCCAUAGUGACUCCCUACCUUCUUUCUGUCUGUGCUUAAAUGGCACAGCAUUUGGUCAGCACCCCUGAGAAAGAAAGUGUGAAAAGCAAAGGCCAUGGCUCCAUUCCGCUGCCAGUCAUGUGGCAAGUCUUUCCUUACACUGGAGAAGUUCACCAUCCACAACUAUUCGCACUCCAGGGAGCGGCCAUUCAAGUGCUCCCAGGCUGAGUGUGGCAAAGCCUUCGUCUCUAAAUAUAAACUGAUGAGACACAUGGCUACACACUCACCUCAGAAGACCCACCAGUGUGCCCUCUGUGAGAAGACAUUCAACCGGAAGGACCACCUGAAGAAUCACCUCCAGACCCACGACCCCAACAAGAUCUCCUUCGUGUGUGAGGAGUGUGGCAAGAAGUACCACACCAUGCUGGGCUACAAGAGGCACCUGGCCCUGCAUUCGGCCAGCAGUGGAGAUCUCACUUGUGGGGUCUGCACCCUGGAGCUGGGGAGCACCGAGGUCCUGCUGGACCACCUCAAGUCUCACGCAGAAGAAAAGUCCCACAAUGUGACCAGGGAGAAGAAACACCAGUGCGACCAUUGCGAAAGAUGCUUCUACACCCGGAAGGAUGUGCGCCGCCACCUGGUGGUCCACACAGGAUGCAAGGACUUCCUGUGUCAGUUCUGUGCCCAGAGAUUUGGGCGCAAAGAUCACCUCACUCGUCAUACUAAGAAGACACACUCCCAGGAGCUGAUGCAGGAGAAUAUGCAGGGAGGAGAAUACCUGAGCACCUUUCAUACCAUUGCGCCUUCAUUCCAGCUGAAGGCUGCACCCAUGCCUCCUUUCCAGUUAGGAGCGCCCCCCCAGAAUGGGCUUGCAGGUGGCUUGCCACCUGAGGUUCAUGGUCUAGUGCUCGCUCCCCCAGAACAGGCUCCCCAGCCCAUGCCGCCAAUGCCAGAGCAGCUUGUUACUCUGCACCCUGGGGUAGUUCCAACCUCUCCUCCUUCACCCCUUCAGGAUCAUAAGUUCAACCCUGCUUCUACCUCAUAUGCCCCACUUGCUGGCCUGCCACUUAAAGCAGAUGGCAAAGGUUUUUGCAACAUGGGUUUCUUUGAGGAAUUGCCUCUGCAAGAGCCUCAGUCGCCUCUCAAGCUCAACCCAUGUUUUGAGAUGGCUAAGGAGGGGAUUGGGAAAGUCACUGUGCCCAAAGAGCUGCUGGUAGAUGCUGUGAACAUAGCGAUUCCUGCCUCUCUGGAGAUUUCCUCCCUGUUGGGGUUUUGGCAGCUCCCCCCUCCUCCCCCCCAGAAUGGUUUUGUGAAUAGCACCAUCCCUAUGGGGCCCGGGGUAACCUGUCUGGCACAGCAGCAGCAGCCACCACCACCACCACCACCGCUGCUGCCUCCGCCACCUCCGCCACCGCUGCCGCAGCCGCUGCCGCAGCCGCUGCCGCAACCCCAGCCGCAGCCCCAGCAGCAGCCCCAGUUUCAGCUGCAGCUGCAGCCCCAGCCCCAGCCGCAGCCCCAGCCCCAGCUGCAGCUGCAGCCCCCAAUACAGCUGCAGCUGCAGCCCCAGUCACUACAGCUGCAGCCCCAGCCACUACAGCUGCAGCCCCAGCCCCCGCUGCAGCCCCAGCUGCAGCCCCAACCCCAGUUGCAGCCCCCACUGCAGCCCCAGCCGCAGCCGCAGCCGCAGCCACAGCCGCAGCCUCAGCCGCAGCCGCAGCCGCAACCACAAGAAGCCCAAAUAGCAGUGACCGCUGUAAGUCUGGGCCAGCUCCCGCUACCCCCAAUUCCCCAUGUUUUUACAGCGGGCACCAACACUGCUAUCUUGCCCCAUUUCCAUCAUGCAUUCAGAUAAAUUGAUUAAGAGGGUGUUUUUCUUGUGGAAGAUGUUUUAAACAUCAAUUACAGUUUGAAACAUCAGUUACAGUUUGAGGGGCAAGCUUUGGAAAACAGGAUUGGGGCUUUAGCUUAUUUGCUAGCUUGAGAAAAAUAAUUUUCUAACUGCAUGCAUUGUGCCAAAAUAUAUCCUUAGUUUUCAUGCUUUGUACCAAAUUUAGUGAGCGCGUGUGUAUUUUGUAAUCAAACUGCAAACAUUAUCAUAUUAUUAUCCCCAUAUUAUUAUCCCCAUAUUAUUAUCCCCAUAG